CCUACGCAGUGGAUGUCCAAUAUGGGUAGCGUAGACAACGAAGCGGCUAACCAGUGCAAUAGUAGCCUACCUCCGAUACUCAAUGGUAUCAAAGAAGGAACUUUUGUAACCUACACUAUAGCAGAGCGAUGGCCGAAAACGCUCGCAAAGGUUGUUGAUCAUGUACACUGCAAACGAAAAGAAUUCAUGGAGCAAUAUGGACCGGAAGCUGAUGCAGACGUCAAAUCAAUCAUACACGAAUUGUCAGAACUUCGUUAUCGCAUCAUGACUGAUAAACCAUUGGAAGAUCUCACUGAUACUGCCUACCAUUACGAUAUGUGGAAUAAAUUGCUAGCAGAUCUUCGAAAAGAGUACGGCGAAGAACAAGUCACCUGGUAUAGGAUGAGUUGGCUGUUCACAGAGUGCUUUCUGUACAGAAAGGUCGUAGGUGCUGUUGCCAAAACGAAGUAUCUCAAAGAUUUUGAUAUCUAUAGGGAGCAGAAAGUAGAAGCAUUUAAUGGCCAGUGA